AAAAUCAAUAGUUUUUUAUAUUCCCAUUGUUUUUUAUCAAUGGCAUUAUUUGCAACACUUCAUGGGAUUGUGGUCCUUGCCCUCAUGAAAGACGCUGCAGGAUGUCUCUGACCGUGUCCCAGGGUGAGGGGGUAACCGUAAUCACCAUCACUGCAAACCCAAACAGCAAAUGGCCCGUAUUGUGUCAGAUGUUGGGUACUCUGUGCUACAGUCCAGUGUGUUGUGUAUAUAAGGAUGAGAACAGGAAGCUGACAAAAACCCACACAGCACUAGGGGCUGUGCAGAUUAUAAUUGGAAUCAUCAAUAUUGUGACGGGGAUUUUGCUUGCAAGUAUGGGGACACGCGAUUACAUUAUGCAGUUUGAUGCUCCUUUUUGGCUUGGUGGUGUGUUUCUCAUAGUUGGGAUCAUAUCUGUUCUUGCAGUGAAGUUUCCCAGUCUUUGUAUGCUGGUCCUCUCUGUGAUCCUGAACCAAGGCAGCGCUGCACUGGCUAUGAUUACUUCGGCACUUUAUUCUUGGGACUUGGUGUCGAGGAUUCAGAUUCAGGGUUCAGACUGUCCCAUGAGCUCAGAUUUAAUUCAAGAUUACGCAAUGUCAGGAACGCAUUCCUUGGAGGACCUGAACAAAGCUUUAGCCUGUCUGUACUAUGAGCAUCUAUACAAGGUGACCAGUGGAGGACUAGAUGCCAUGAUGAUAGUUUUCUCAGUCCUUCAGUUCUGCGUGACCAUCAGUUUCUGCACUUUGACUGUGAAAGAAUUGUUGAAGACUGAAGGAAUGACUGAGGACCCUCAACUUCACAAGCCACUCCUGAAAGAGGCCAGUGUCAGUUCUGCAUGAGACAAGAUGCAUACUCAUAAAGAGCUAAAUAUUCAUUGUUAUUUGAACAUGUUCUAAUUUUUCUCUCUUGUAACAUAAUGGCAGAUAUCUUCCAACUGCAACACAUCAGUCAUCAAGUUAUAUGUUAAUUCAUGUUAUUUUUAAUUUUAGUUUUAUUUUUUAAGGGGAACUUUGGGCUGCUAGACUAGACAAGAGCAAAUUAUCAUCACCCCAUGUCAUUUUUCAGAAUAACUAUCUGUAAAAUGUUGGAAUAUGUAAAAUGGUAACAAGUUUAGUUUAUAUAAAGGAAUAGUUCAAACAAAAAUGAAAAUCCUGUCAUCUUUUAUUCACCCUCAGGCUGUUCCAAACCAAUAUUUGUAUUUUUGUAUUUUAUAUUUUUCUGCUGAAAGACAAACGUAGAUAUCUUGCAAAAUGUUUAAACUGCUUAUUUUCCAUAAAGGAAAGAUAAGAAAAUUGAUACAGUAUAUUACUUUUUUAUGGCCCCAGUCAUGCUUCUGAACACUGUGCAUAAAAAUAAACCCCCUUGCAAUUCUGGGCAGAGACGUUAUUUAUUUUCAUUAAAGGGCCUGUUAUCAUAUUCCCUCACAUGUUCUAGGAUCAGAAUGGCAUCACACAAAAAGUCUGUUUGGAAUACAGAUAUUUUGUUUUGUUUUGCAUUGCAUCCUUGUCUAAUGAACAACAUAGAAUAGAUGCUCAGAUGUUAGAAUAUUAAACAACUGCAUGAUUAGAACACCAGGGGCCCAUUCUUCUCCAUUUCACUGUUGACUAUCUGACCCGAUCCUGGAUUUUUACAUUCUUCAAAGCUUAUUAUGGAGUUGUUGUCAUAGCAACAGCUCCAUAAGCUCAAACCUGCUCAGGUGGAGGGUUGUUUAAUGUAAACAGGAUUAGAUUGCACUUUUAUAAGCAGAAGUGAUACUAAAGUCAGUCUCAGUCGAACCGAUCUACAAUAACUUGGUCUGCUCCAGACAACGUAUUGAAUUAAUGUAGAGUAUUGUACUGUCAGUUUAAAUGUUAUUGCCUGUAUUUCAUAAUAAUGUUAAACUGGUGUAUAAUAGAUUCAACUUAGUUGGUUGUAUAUAUGUUGUGAUGUUGUGUUGGUUGUGAUGUAAGGUAGGCUGCAUUUUAAUCAAGAAUAGCCGUUUCACUAUAGGCUGAAAUAUAAAAAAAAUAAAAAAAACUGUU